UUAAAUAAGCUUAGCCAAACGGGCUCUAAGUUAGCUAUUCAAACCAGAAUCAAACCAUAAUCAAACCAAAAAAUCAUUAAAAUAACAUGCACAAAUUAAUUUAUAAACAGUUUCCACAUAUUUAAACAGCAAUAUUUUUGCAGAUAAUUUCUCUACAGAAAUGGCAAUUCAGAAAAUGAGAAUCAGUCAAAUAUUCCUUCUUAACCUUGCAUCUGUUUUUACCAUCUUAUCCCUGCUAUCACUUUCAAGUUCAACAGAGGCCGCACCAGUAGGAGUCUGCUACGGGCGCGAGGCGAGUAACCUGCCACCAACCUCCGCCGUGGUCCACCUCCUCCAAUCCAACGGAAUCUCAUGGAUCCGGAUCUUCAACCCGGAUCCGGAAGCUCUCGCCUCCUUCUCCGGCACCGGAAUCCAGCUGAUGAUCGGCGUUCCGAACGAAAUCCUCCCAACUCUAGCAAACGGCACCGUUUCCGCCUCCCUCAUAUGGCUCGAAUCCAACAUCUUCUCCCUAAUUCCACCUUCCCAAGUGCGAUACUUAGCCGUCGGCAACGAAGUCCUAGUAAACAAUCCAUCCUACACCCAAUUUUUAGAACCCGCCAUCCUCAAUCUGUACCGAGCUCUUCACGAAUUAGGGUUAGCCGACGCAAUCAAACUCUCAUCCCCACACGCGGCGGCCGUAUUGUCCGAAUCCUACCCUCCGUCGGCCGGCGCGUUCGACCUCAGUCUCACACCAGUUAUGGUCCCGCUUCUGAAAUUUCUGAGCGAAACCGAGUCGCCGUUGAUGGUCAACGUUUACCCCUUCUUCAGCUACGUCAACAACCACCAGUACGUGACGCUUGAUUACGCCCUUUUUAGGUCGUCGGCGGUCGAGAUUGACCGGGAUCUGGAGUACAGGAACAUGUUCGAUGCGACGAUCGACGCGUUCGUGUACGCGAUGGAGAGAGAAGGUUAUCCUAGAAUUCCGGUGGUGGUGACGGAGACGGGAUGGCCGACGGACGGCGGAGAUGGCGCCGGAGCUGGUAAUGCGUUGGAUUAUAAUAGGAAUGUUGUGAUGAGGACGAAGGGUAAUAUUGGAACUCCGAAAAGGCCGGGAGUUGGGGUUGAGGUUUUUUUAUUUGAUUUGUUUGAUGAGAAUGGUAAAACAACUGGUGUUGAGUUUGAGAAACAUUUUGGAAUAUUCGGUGUUAAUGGAAUCAAGGCUUAUGAUAUUAGCUUCAUUUAAUAUCUAUUUAAAUUUUAAAUUAUAUUUGAUUUUCUAUAAUUAUUUAC